AGCUUUUAUGUAUGCUCUGUAGUGUACCCGGCAUAUCCAUAUAAACUGCACUAACCAGUAAUCCCAGAAGAUUUUACCAUGUAACAAUAAAUAAUUAAAUUUAGAAAAAAUGUACACUUGUGUACCGCAAGCUAAAAAGCUCCUAUUUAUAUCGGGAAAAUAAAAUGACACACAGGCGCACUAGAAGGCAUCUAAUUUAUUUAGUUAUUUUUUACAGUCUCUGGUUACAACCGCUGUAGUUCAUUGGCUACAACUAUCAUACCCGGCUGUAGUACGAGAUCCGCACUCCGCUGACUCGAUGAGUGGCCUAUUAACAUAUGACAGCUGUACUAACGUUAGCCUAGCUGGCUAAAUAGGAGCGAACUAGCUAGUCUUCAGUGUUGGUUCUGCUAAUCAGCGGACAGCUGUCACUUAAAGCGCCGUUUAAACGACAACCAUCUGGGUUUCUAGAGCUACGUGAAUUCAUUCUAUAGUUAAUCUUAGCCAUCAAACCAUCGGAGACGUGCCUAAUAAUACUCGGACAGCUACAUAAACAUUGGCUAGCUGGAUAUCUACACUUAAUUCGUUUUAUUGCUUAUUAUUGUGUGGUUAUACAUUUAUGUGUAUUUUCAAAGGGUGUCAGGGGUACAUUUAUUUAGGCAAGGAUGGCGGACGAGGCGCUUUUUCAAUUUCUUCACAAUGAACUGAUACAGUAUGUCUACAAAUCAGCAGAGCACGGCGAGAUGGAAAACGGGAGGUGCAUUACAAAGCUGGAGAACAUGGGAUUCCGUGUUGGCCAAGGGCUAAUCGAAAGAUUCACACGAGACACUGCACGGUUCAAGGAUGAGCUGGAUGUCAUGAAGUUUGUCUGCAAAGAUUUCUGGACUAGUGUUUUCAAAAAGCAAAUUGAUAACUUACGAACAAAUCACCAGGGGAUUUAUGUGCUACAGGAUAACAAGUUCCGGUUGCUGACACAGCUCUCUACAGGAAAACAGUAUUUAGAACAUGCCCCAAAGUACUUGGCAUUUACCUGUGGGCUAGUGAGAGGCGGACUGGCCAACCUGGGGGUGAAGAGCAUAGUAACGGCAGAGGUGUCCGUCAUGCCUGCCUGUAAAUUCCAGGUGAUGAUCCAGAAGAUGUGAGGAACAGAGGAGGGCCAGCCCUGGAAUCCCCACCCGACAUAAAACACUUGAAACUCACACCUCCAUCUCAGUUUUAUUGCCUUUUUUGAGUGUUUGAAAUGUUCCUGCAUGCAAACAGUGUUGUGGACUACUGUGUAUUAAUUUAAUGUAUUUUUUUCAUUAUUGUUAAUAUGAUUAUUAUUAUUGUGAUCAUUUACCACAUGGACCAUGUAUGCCUUUAAUCAUAUUGAUUUUACACAGUUAUGAAUUUUGUGUAAAAAGAGCGUAUUUUGUUUGCAAUGAUUUGCACUGAGCUUUUGUUAAAUGAGAAUAGAAACUCACUUGUUUUUAGACCUGUUGUCUCCAUGGUAACAUCACCCCACAGAUAUUUGAUAUCUAAACGUCAGCUCUAACAUUGGCACUAGCACAUUGAUUUAGGUCUCAUUUUUAAAGUUGUUGACCUUUGCUUAUCUAUUGCCAUUAGUUAUUCAUAAUCAGUACUGUAUAAUCAGUUUUUGUAUCUUUAGCAUCGCUCCUCUGACUGAUGUAGAUUAUCUGGUUAUUUUAAAGUUUAAUAUAACAACGGAGGACAAAAACAAA